AUCAUCUUUAUUUCUGGAAUUGUAAUGCUCUUCUUAUAAUAUAUCUCGUCUUAGGUACCAUCUAGUUUAUUAUUCAAGGAAUAUUAUUAACUACUUUCAGUAUAUUUUUGCUAUCAGCAGUAAUCAGGGAAAAAAUAUAAGUAAACUGCAACAUGUCGGCACUACUAACAGCAGAUUGGUUUCAACUGGAAUCCUUUUAUAGGAAGUUUGACCUGUACAAUAUGACAUGGACGAUGACAGAAGGACUUGGCAGCAUGGUAGUGAGUGGAGCGCCCUACGGAGGCCCCAUAGCUACCAUCCGAGACAGAAAACAAAUGGUCCGAGUAAUGACAACAUCUAAACCACUCAUAACUAUAUACAAUUGUGCUGGGGAUGUUAUUUCAAAGUUUCCGUGGAACAGUGGUGUCUUAAUCCACAUGGGUUGGUCUGAUGCAGAGCAGCUUUUAUGUGUGCAAGAGAGUGGAGAUGUGCUCAUAUAUGACAUGUUUGGGGCAUAUCAAAAGACUUUCAGUAUGGGACAAGAAGUCAGAGAUACAAAGGUCUGCAAGGCCCAACUGUUUUCCAACCCCAAUGGAAUUGGACUGGCUGUUAUGACCACAACCAACAGAAUGUUUUUAGUGAACAAUGUACUGGAACCAAAAGUAAGAGGUGCUCCAGACAUACCUAGAGCAAAUGAACCAAUAAGCUGUUGGUGUGUCAUCAGUUCUGGUGCUCGUUCUGCCGGCAUCAUCGGCUUCCUUGUCUGCAGAGACAAAGAAGUGUAUAGGUGUCAACUUGGUGAAUCAAGAGCUGUUAUGAUGCGUCCAGAAAUGACUAAUGCAUACACUCAAGUAUUAACCAUAGUGCCAUCACAGAAUGGAAGGCAUGUGGCUUUAUUCACUGAUUCUGGGUUCCUUUGGAUUGGCUCCUCAGAUUUCAAAAACAAAUAUUGUGAGAUUGAUACAAGCUAUAUAAAACAACCCAAGGAAUUAGUAUGGUGUGGAUCACAAGCCGUCAUUGGUCACUGGGAUGACACGAUGCGCAUUUACGGUUUCAACGGUUCGUACGAAACCUAUGUAUACGAUGGACCAUUCCAUAUCAUCUCUGAGAUGGACUGUGUCAGGGUAAUAUCGGAGCAGAGUCACGAACUCAUCCAGAAGGUUCCAGUAGUCGUAGAGAAGAUAUUCAGAAUCAACAGUACAGCGCCUGGGUCAUACCUUGUGGAGGCUUCCAAACAGUUUCAGAAACGCAGUCAUCGGGCCGACGAGUACAUCCGCCUAGUCAAGCCGGACUUGCCUUCAGCGGUGAGAGACUGUAUCGACGCAGCGGCUUUUGAGUUCAACACCGACUUACAGAAAAUGCUGAUACGGGCUGCUCAGUUUGGAAAGGGCUUUAUAAUGAACCCGGAGUUAACGGACCACUAUGUUACUACGUGUCGCUGGCUGAGAGUGCUCAAUGCUGUCCGAGACCCCAGAGUGGCUAUACCUUUGACGUUCUUGCAAGUACAGAACCUGGGCGAGCGCGUGCUGCUGGACCGGCUGAUCUGGCGGCGGCUGCACUGUCUGGCGAGCCUGGUGGCCGCGCACCUGCAGCUGCGGGACGGGCCCACGCGCGUGCUGUCCCACUGGGCCUGCUACAAGGUGUCGCAGCCGCACAUCGACACGGAGAGCGCGGCGCGGGAGAUCGGCGAGCGGCUGCGCGGCGUCCCCGGCGUGUCCUACUCCACCAUCGCCAUGAAGGCCGCGGAGAAGGGACGAAAAGCGCUCGCUAUUAAGAUCCUAGAGUACGAGACGCGGUGCGCUCUGCAAGUUCCUCUACUCGUGUCACUGGGGGAGGGCGGCGCGGCGCUGCGGCGCGCGGCGGCCAGCGGCGACACCGACCUCGUGUACGCCGUGCUGCUGCACCUCAAGGACAAGAUGGGCAAGCACGAGUUUGAGUUGACAAUCCGGAGUUUUCCACUGGCCCACGCUUUAUACAUCAAAUACUGCGCGAGUCACAACAGAGAGGCUUUGAGGAAAGUGUACAUACAGGAGGACGACUUCGCGGGUCAAGCGGCGACGCACAUACUCGACGCGGUGGAGGCGACCGCGCCCGGCAGCGCCGAGGCCUCGCUCAUUUCCGCCAGGGAGUGCUAUAAGAAGGGAAAGAAUGAUUUAGGCGUAUCAAUAUGUGAGGACGCGCGCAAGUUAUGCAAGCAACAGUCAAGCCUGCAAGAGACAUACGGGGAAGGCUUCGUCGGGCUGUCUCUACACGACACUGUGGAGAAACUGCUUAUGCUAGGAGAAGUGAAGCUAGCGGACAAACUGAGAGCCGAAUACAAGAUGCCGGAUAGAAGGUACUGGUGGCUGCGCAUUCUGACUCUAGCACAGAAGGACGAGUGGGAGGAGCUAGACAAGUUCUCUCGCAGCAAGCGCUCGCCAAUCGGUUUCGAGCCGUUCGUCGACGCGUGCCUGCGCCGCGCGCGCCGUGACCAGGCGCUGCGGUAUCUGCCGCGGUGUAUGGACGAUAUCAAGGUCAAAUACUACGUUAAGGCUGAAUAUUACGAAGAGGCAGCUCAAGUAGCGUUUGAGCAGAAGGACCAAAACGCACUGCUGUACGUGCAGAAAAAAUGUCCCUUGCGCGAGUCCGAGCAGCACGCCAGAAUUUCCGUGCUGUUGGAACAACUCACUAAUAAGAAAUAAGAUUGAUAGAAUUAUGCAAAAAAAAAUUAUAAGGUAAAAUCUUUGGAUUGUGUUCUCCAAAAGGUAAAAUCAACUAAUUGUUACAGUUACCGCACUAAGCGACACUACGCUGAAGUGGCGCUACGCGACACAAAACUUCAGUGAUAUGGGACGUGAAGUUCGCUUCACUUCGCUGCCGCGUAGUGUCGCCUGGUGCGGUUUUGCCUUUAAAAGCAAGUUUUUAUGAGCCUCGUUUAGAUAUUUUGCGUUAAUAUAGCAUAUUUUGCAUGUGCCUAAAAAUAUUUAAUUU